GCAGAUGUGCUCGCGGCGCUGCGCGCGCUGCAGUGACAGUGGGAAGUACAAUCCUCGUGCAGCACCGCCGCGAAGAGGCAAAGACCCUCCAAGGAGCGGAUGAGAGGAGCGACACGCGCUCGAGUGAUGACUGAGCACGGAGCAGUUUGGAACAAAUGACCAAAGAUUACGCAUGCAGAAGAUGCCAGCAGUUGCACAUCGCUCUGAUUCAAUUACCUUUGAGUACUACAAGAUGCUGUGGACAGUUUUAUCUCCAACGGCUUCUUAAAGUUGCUCCAUCAACGAUUUCACUUGAGGGAUCCCUUGGUAGCGGUCGGUGAACGGGGGCCAGCAUGUGGCCCCCCGACCUGGGGCCUCCAGAUGUGCAGCUGACUCUUCCCGGUUUCGGGAGCGUCUUCGAGGAUGUGGAGGAUCUCCUGGAGGCGCCGCUGUCCUCCGGCGGCUUCUGCCAGCCGUCCAUCCACUCGGGCGGCCUGUGCUGCCUCCCGAGGACCUCGCUGUCCGUGUCCUCGCUGGGGCGCGACCUCAGCUCGCUGCUCAGCUGUAAGACGGCCGGGUCGCACGUGGAGAAGACCGUGGAGGACUUUGCCACCACCGCUCACACAGACCCCAAAAACAGCAGCCAGAGGUUCAGCUGCUACCCACAACCCUCCCUCCCCAUUUCCUACAUGCUCACUAGCUGUGCCACAUCCCCGUCUUUUGGCUCUCCGCCGUCAUCCCUUUCCUCUUCCUCCUCAUCUUUGCUCUUUACCCCUUGCUUGCCCCUCUCCGACGACAAAACGUCUCAGCAACAACAACAACAACAACAACAAAAGCUACAAGAAGAGUAUCGCUCCAUAAAACAAGAGCCUGCAGAUGAUUUCUUGCCGUGUAAGAGGGAACCGUUUCAAAUUAGCAGCCAGCAGGGGGAGCUGUUCCAUUUAGGCGGCCAUCCUCCUCCUCCUCCUCCUCAAGGCUACGAUGCAAAAGACAGCACCCACUCCCCUCUCCACUCGCCCCGGCUCAACGGACCCGUCGGAGCGGAGCCGGUGCUGGACCAGCAGGAGCAGCCGUGCCACUGGAUCGACUGCAGUGCCACGUACGGCAGCCAGGAGGAGCUGGUGAGGCACAUCGAGAAGGUGCACAUCGACCAGAGGAAAGGGGAAGAGUUCGCGUGUUUCUGGGCCGGCUGCGUGCGGCGCCACAAGCCGUUCAACGCUCGCUACAAGCUGCUCAUCCACAUGAGGGUGCACUCUGGAGAAAAACCCAAUAAGUGCAUGUUUGAGGGCUGCUCCAAGGCGUUCUCCCGUCUGGAGAACCUGAAGAUCCACCUGAGGAGCCACACCGGAGAGAAACCCUACAUCUGCCAGCACCCCGGCUGCCUCAAGGCCUUCAGCAACUCCAGCGACCGGGCCAAACACCAGCGCACACACCUGGACACGAAGCCGUACGCCUGUCAGAUCCCAGGAUGCACCAAACGCUACACCGACCCCAGCUCCUUACGGAAACACGUCAAAGCUCAUUCAGCCAAAGGCCUUCAGGAGAGAGAAGUCAAGGUUCAGGUCCAUACGGCGCUGGAGUCGGACAUUUUGAGUGAUUGCCUGGCGAGGCAGCACCUCCACAGCUCUGCGUCCUCCCACCAAGAAAACAGCUCACCUUUACCGGCCUUGGAUGACUUCACAGGUGUGUACUCAAACAGCAGCACCGCCCACAACAGAGGGAAUUCAGAGUUUCUGCCUCCGUCAGUCGAUAGCUGCUCCAGCUAUCCGGGCCUGGAGGGAAACUUUGACGCCAAUAGGCCAAUAUCUUCAAUGACGAGCCCGAGCAGCAUGAGAGAGGGGAACAGAUCAGCGUCCUUGUUCGUAUCCUCUGACGUCAGCCCAGUGAGCUCCUCCUCAGACCGAGUGGACGUGCGACAGCAGAGCUACCAGAAAACCUACAACCACCAGCAGCAAGUGUUCUCACAGCAGCAAGGCUGUUUGUACGGAGAAGGAAAGGUGGUUCCACCGGUCAGUGACGGAGGUUUUGAUCCUGCCAGUUACUUCACGAAUCCAUCCACCACUCACUCUACAGGGUUUGACUUGCUGCAGGACCUGCAGGGCCAGGCAGGAGGGGGCUACUCCAUGUCUCCGUGCCCAGACGACAGCUUCCUCUUCCAGGCGGGAGGCGUCGAUCGCUGCCUCAACCAGAUCUACUCCAUCUACCUGGACUCAUGAUGGCGUCCCGGAUCAACUUCCACGAAAAAACUGGACACGAAACAGAGCCCGAAUGAUGACAGCAUUGUCGAAGGGAAUUUUAAGCUGGCAGAGGCUUAAAAAAUAAAAAAAAAAUGGUAGAAAAUGCAGAGGAAAUCUAGUGCAAAUGUAAAUAGCAAAGAUAUUUUUAUUCAGAGAUGACCGCAGCAUUUGUGAUCUGGAUAGAAUGAGCUGUGAGCUUUAUUCUUUUUAAACUCCACCGAUGAGGAUAUUUUGUGGCUUCCUGAAAGUAUUAAAACAACGAUAUAUAAUGUAGCACUUCCCAGCUCGGGGUUGAUAAUUACACGCGCCACAAAACAACACAGCCACAAUUAAGUCAUUUCAUUUUAACUUAACUAAAGCAAUGCCGCCCCCUAGUGUCCUAAUGACUGUACAGAAUUAUAAAUAAAAGCGGUGGAUCAGUGUGGAUGAGACUGAUAAAAAAAAAAAAAAAACCUGCACUAAAAAAAAUAUAUAUAUAGUAAUUCUCAACAAUCAAACAGCAGCAUAAUCCUUUCUUUUUGUGAUAUUGUGUCUUGUUGCUUCUCUGCUUUAUUACGUAUGCUGUACAGUUGUUAUCAGUGUUAUAUUCAGUGCGAAGGAGGUGUGCAUCGUUUACAAUAACUUCUCUGCACUCUUUUCAGUCUCGUCACUGAGACUUUAAGAAAGUGACCAACCAGAAAAUGUUUACACUGAUUAUGUAGCAAUUCAGAGAUUUCUUAUUAUUGUAAUUGAACAGUGUAUAGACUGUAUAAAAAAAAAGCAUCUGUCUUUUAUAUCUAAAUAAAAACAAACUGUUUGUA